UGCUAACAAAAAUAUUGUUUUAGUUCUCGAUAUCAUCUACUGGCGGGACCCUAAAAGAAGCGGUAUCGCGCUCUCGGUGAUACUUCUUGCAGUGUUCAUCUUGGCCAAGUAUCCGAUCCUCUCCGUAUUUGCCUACACUGGAUUGGCCAUUUUGGCGGGUACAUUGGGAUUCCGUAUCUACAAAACCGUCGAAUCCCAAGUCAAGAAAACUGAUGGCGAAAAUCCAUUCAAGGAGUACCUUGCUAAGGAUCUCACUCUGCCCCAGGACCGAAUCCAUUCUCAGGUUGAUGUGCUCGCUGAACAUGCCACUCAUCUCGCCGAUAAAGUGAAACGAUUGAUUUUCGUCGAGAACAUUGUCGACAGCGCCAAGGUUUGUUUUUUGUUUGGAGCUUGA